AUGCCCAGAGCGAAGUUACAACAGUUAACUCAAAAAAUUAGCUGGCUCUUCCCAGGUAUUGGCAAGGAAAAAGUCUUUGGAUUAAAGGAGAAUGGAGGCUAUGGAGUGCUCGACAUCGACUUGCAACUCAGAGCCAGAAGGGCUUUAUACAUCUACAACACCCUCACCGGCACUAAGCAUAUACAUUAUGCUAUCCUCAGAGGAAAAUUACAGAGUAUCACCCCAGGCAGCCACGGAUGGUUUUGCUUCCUCGUGGGAGACAACUACUCCAGAACAUUCAGGGUGAAAGAACUCUGUCAACAUGUGGAUCUCACGGAAGCGGAAAGAGAAUACCUCCAUACAAAGAGGAUGUCUAAGGCUAGAGGAUUCCUCGACAACAUCCUAGGCUGGGAUGACCAACCCGUUACUGCGGCAACCUUCACAAGCUUAACUAGACGCAUGAAAGAAUCCAAGGAACAGGUACUCAUUCUGAGAAGAUGGAACGAACGUCUUCCAGACAUAGGCACAACCGGAUGGAAAUCAUUUUGGAAGCGCCUCAAAACCCUUAGCUUUAAGUAG